AAAACAAACGAUAAGAGAUACAAUUAUUUUUAGAAUUCGUAUGCAAAGUUUUAAAUGUUCUCAUUCUUUUGUUUUUCCCUUGAAUCCCAAGAGCUGAUACAGCGAAAUUCUAUCACUUCCUCGUUUAUUGACCCACGUUCAUGUUCAUGAAUACGACGACCUACAUCGAGGAUUGCCGACCCUUGUUGUUUAACAUCUCUUCCAAUGGAAUAUGGGAGAAUUUAAAGUCGCCCGAUGUGAUUUUUGGGUAUUCUUUGCCACUCAUGGAGAUUCAGAUAUUACUUAUCUUUACAUCGGUGGUCAUGGCUCACAUGUUCCUCAGAUGCAUUGGCAUUUCCCACAUCGCUUCCUAUAUGAUAGCUGGUCUGAUUAUGGGACCUCAGCUAUUCGAUCUGAGGGAGAAGUCAACAUGGAAACUAUCGUUGGAUCCUAUUAUGAAUGGAAAUGGACCGUUAAGAAGCUUCUCAGCAUGCGGCUUCAUGAUGUUUACAUUCCUCAUGUCCUUACGGACCAGUCGGCGAGUUGUUUUCAACAACGGACCAUUGCCCGUUGUUAUUGGGAUCUUGACUUUCAUAGUUCCUUUGGUUGUAGGGCUCUGUUUUCGAAACGUCCUCGAUGACAACAUAAACCCUCACUACAUGCCCCCGAAAAAAGCCCUCGCGGAGCGCACUGUGAUCAUUGCAACACAAUCUUCGAUAAUCUUGCCCACCAUCACCUAUUUCUUGUCGGAACUCAAUAUUCUAAACUCGGAGUUUGGUCGGCUUGCAUUGUCAGCAUCUGUUAUCAACGAUAUCCUUGGCGUUUCUUUCAUUGUACUUGCGUAUUCUUUGGGAACAUACAAAAACAUGUCACACUCAACAGCCUACAUUGACCUUAUCGCGGUGAUCAUCUUUUUUCUCCUCGUCUUUUUUGUUGUAAAGCCGGCCGCAGAAUGGAUAGUACAAGAAACACCAGAAAACAAACCUGUGGCGAAUAUAUAUGUGCAUGCUGUAACUUUAACCGUAUUGGGUUCUGCCGUUUACACCACGGUCUUCCAUAACGUCCUUGGACCAGUCAUGAUCGGCCUCGUUAUACCAGAAGGUCCACCUUUAGGAUCCGCCUUAGAAGCCAAGUAUGAGAAGCUCACGUUAAACGUGUUCUUGCCAAUCUCGAUUGCAUUCAGUACAAUGCGAUGUGAUAUUACGAGGAUUGUGUACGAGCUAGAUGACAUAUUAUACAAUAUCUUUCUAAUGGUGCUGACAAUCGCUUUGAAACUGGUUGCCGGUAUUGCACCUUGCUUGUAGUGCAAGUUACCUCUCAAGGAUGCUGUUUCCAUCCUCUUGAGCUGCAAGAGUUUCCCAGAAAUUUUUUUCUAUGAAUCUACAUUAGAUGAUCAGUAUAUGUCACAAGCAACAUACUCUUUCUUGAUAUUAUAUACGUUAUUAAACUCUGGGAUUGUCCCAGUAGUUAUAAGAAGUCUGUAUGAUCCGAAGCGGAAGUACAUUGGUUCUUCUUUUGCCAUCUCUAUUGGUUACCAAAAAAGGAACAUCUUCAGUUUGAAACCAAACUCCGAUCUUCGUAUUCUUACUUGUGUGCAAAAACCUGGGAAUAUCUCUAGGGCCAUUUCAUUUAUCCAAUUAUUUUCCUCGCCGAACCAAGAAUUCCCCAUCAUUGUCACGGUUCUUCACCUCGUGAAGCUAGUGGGUCAGAUCGUACCGAUCUUGAUCUCGCACGACAAGAAGUCGAAACAACUGAUCAAUAACUCCUACAUCCAUACCGUAAACCUUGCCUUCAGCCAGUUGAUGCAAGAGAGCUUUGAUUCAGAAAGUGUGGCCAUGUUCACAGCCCUCUCGCAUGAGAAAUUAAUGCACGAAGACAUCUGCAUGCUCGCACUAGACCAGACAACAUCGAUGAUUGUCGUCCCGUCUGGAAGAACAUGGACCAUUCAUGGGGAGUUCAUGUCAGACGAUGUGGCCAUAAGGCGUCUCAAUAUCUCUCUACUCGAACGUUCGCCAUGUUCUAUUGGGAUACUCGUGGAUCGUGGACAGUUCAUGCGUAAAGACAAGAGAAAGGACUACAUCAAUGUAUGUGCGAUAUUUAUUGGAGGUAAAGACGAUCGUGAGGCAUUAUCGCUGGUGAAUAGGAUGAAACAUAACCCAAAGGUCCAAGUUGCUGUGAUUCGACUAAUGUCUAACCAAGAAACAGAGUCGACAAAUUGGGAUUACAUUCUUGAUCAUGAGGUUAUCAAAGAAUUGAAGGAUCCAGAGUCAAACAAAAAUAUUGCAUAUACAGAGAGGAUACUGACCGGUGGUCCUGAAGUGGCUACCACGGUUCGGUUGCUUUCAGAAGAGUAUGAUCUUAUGGUUGUUGGAAGAAAUCAUGGAAUGUCGUCACCGGACUUUUCAGGACUGUUAGAGUGGAUGGAAUUUCCGGAGUUAGGUGUCAUCGGAGAUUUGUUGGCGGUUAGAGAUCUUAGAUCUAGCGUCUCUGUUUUGAUAGUUCAACAACGACAUCAAGCAUAA